ACAUCAAGCAGUCGCGGCGCGAACUUAAGUAUGCGCACUCCCGUCCAAUUCUUCUCCUCGCCACUCCCUCUCCUCGCCUCUCCAUGGAGUCGCGCGAGCCGCACGACGGAGAAGCGAAGGAGAAGGAAGAUGAGGAAGAGCAGGAGCAGAAGGACGAUGAAGUCCUAGGAGAAGAGGAGGAGGAGCUCGGUUUCUUUGAUGCCGUCGAGUUCCUCCCGGCGCCCCACGAGGAACCUCCCCCUGACUCCCCUUCCCUUCCACCUCUUGAAUCUACUUCCGCACUCUCCUCGCCAUCUCCUUCCGAUGCACCCUCCCUCCUCCGCCGACGCCGCCGCACUCUUUCCGCAUCGAGCGAUCAGAUCGUGGGCUCCCCCUCCGAUCCGCGACGGAACAUCCUUCCCGCAUCCGAAGGCCCGGAAAUCGAUUUGGGUUCUUCCUCGAUUCCUCCGGGCCAGCUUGUUGAUCGAGGGGAUGGGCGACCGGAAACCUCAAAUCUUGACCGCGAAAGAGGCGUUACCGCAGUCGGCGACGGAACCCGCCGGCGACUGGGAUUCUUGGGAUUGGUGGCCGAAGCUGUAAUUAUGGCUGUAUUCUAUUUCGUCGCUCUGCUAACUGGCCUCUUCAUAUUACCCAUUAGGUUAUUUCGCACCGCUUACCGUAUCGUCACGGAACCUUUUCACGUUCUUCGCAGAGGGAGGGACGCGGUGAGGUUGAGAUGCUAUCGAUUUUUCAGAGGCUUGUUCGAUAGGGUUCACCCUUGGGUACUUGGGAACCGUAUUGGACCGCAGCAAGCUUGGAAUUGGCUGGUGAGGCUGGCAAAAGGGUGCUUCUGGUCUCUGUACGUCUGCAUCGUUCUGUCUUCUCUUGUUGCAACCUCUUCCUUGGCGGCAUUUCUGAUCGUGCUUAACGUAGUGGAAGCGCCCAUACGGAUGACUGAGGAACUGAAUUUUGAUUACGCCUUGCCCAGACCCCAAGCUCUUGUGCCGAUAACUGCAUUGGAUGGUUGUUUGGUUUCUGAUGACAAGAUUGAUGAUCUUGAAGUUUUACGGCUGGUGCCUCCGAAGCACAAAUUGCAGCUGGCCAUUUUAUUGACUUUACCAGAGUCAGAUUACAACAAGAAACUUGGGAUCUUCCAGGUCAGGGUGGAAUUAUUGACUCCAGAUGGCAAUGUCUCAUCUAGCUCAUGGCGUCCAUGUGUGCUCCACUUCAAGAGCUUUCAGUUUCACUUAUUAGAGAUGUUCCUCAAAUCUGUGUUUAUGUUAACUGGCUAUUCUUCCGAGUCACAAGUUCUUAUGGUACAAAUGGAUGGACUUACUGAAGGAAGAAAACCAACAGUAUGCAUUAGGGUGACUCUAGAACAGAGGGCAGGAUAUGGGGCUGGUGCCGGUAUUCCCGAAAUUUAUUCUGCACAUAUGAAACUUGAAUCCGAGCUUCCUCUGGUCAAGAGGAUUAUCUGGAACUGGAAGAUAACUUUGUUCAUCUGGACGACUAUGGCAUUGUUCAACCUGCAGCUCCUUACCCUACUUUUAUGUUGCAGACCCAUUCUAUUUCCUAGAGUAAGGAGGGUUGAUUUGCCAGUGACUCAUCCACCAUCUGGAGGUAACGGCCAUCCACCAUCGGCAGCAAUAUAGAGGUCAGGUGUUAUUCAACCUGGAAACAACAAUUUUGCUCGAGAGAUUCAAUUUUUCAAGCUCAUGAUAAUGGUGGUUCUCAGGGGGGUACUACAAUACGUUAACCUUGUAAAUAUAUUGGAUGUAGAUUCGUCUGCUGCCAUUUUGACUGCUCGAUUGUCAGUCAACUUAUCAGGGUUACCCUUCAGAUUUAUCCACGAAUACUCGGUGUGUAAAUAGCUUCUCGAGUUCAACUAUUUCAAAGAUUAGAUUUGUUCACAUCUGGUAUGUUCUUCGAUUUACAUAGUUCCACACAGAAACAACUUAUAGUUUAAGAGAAAGUGUUUGCAAUUUUCUUUUCUUUUCUUUUCUUUUCCUUGUUCUACAUGGAGAUGAUCAAUCUUUUAACCUUGGGAUUUCAUCCAAGUGCAUAACCGUCUGAGAUACAUGUAAGCGACUGCAAUUAAUUUCACAUUGU